GGGGCCGGGCACAGACGUGUCGCUGGCAUGGCGGAUCCCGGUCGGCUGGAGCGGCUGGAGCGGCGCGUGCGGGAGCUGGAGGAGGAGCUGGCCCGGGAGAAGCGCGGGCGGGGAGCGGCGCGGGCCCGCAUCGACACCAUGAGCCCCGAGGUGACCGACUCCAACCCCUACAGUCGCUUGAUGGCGUUAAAAAGAAUGGGAAUUGUCAAAGACUAUGAGAAAAUCCGUACCUUCACAGUUGCAGUAGUAGGCGUAGGGGGCGUUGGCAGUGUCACUGCUGAAAUGCUGACAAGGUGUGGCAUUGGUAAGCUGCUUCUGUUUGAUUAUGACAAAGUGGAACUGGCAAACAUGAACAGACUCUUCUUCCAACCUCAUCAAGCUGGAUUAAGUAAAGUACAAGCAGCAGAACACACUUUGAGGGACAUUAAUCCUGAUGUUCAGUUUGAAGUACAUAACUACAACAUCACAACACUGGACAACUUUGAGCACUUCAUGGAUAGAAUAAGUAAUGGUGCACUGGAGGAAGGGAAGCCUGUGGAUCUGGUUCUAAGCUGCGUGGACAACUUUGAAGCUCGCAUGGCAAUUAACACGGCCUGCAAUGAACUUGGACAAAUCUGGAUGGAGUCUGGAGUGAGUGAAAAUGCAGUGUCAGGACACAUCCAGCUGAUCAUACCUGGUGAAUCUGCUUGUUUUGCGUGUGCUCCUCCACUGGUAGUAGCUGCAAAUAUUGAUGAGAAGACAUUGAAACGAGAAGGAGUUUGUGCAGCCAGUCUUCCUACAACUAUGGGUGUUGUGGCAGGAAUGCUUGUACAAAAUGUUCUCAAAUACCUAUUAAAUUUUGGUACUGUGAGUUAUUACCUUGGUUACAAUGCGAUGCAGGAUUUCUUCCCAACUAUGUCUAUGAAGCCAAACCCCCAGUGUAGUGACCACAAUUGCAGAAAACAGCAAGAAGAUUAUAAGAAAAAGGAAGCCGCAAGACCAAAAGAAGAAGUGAUUGAAAAGGAAGAAGAAAUAGUGCACGAAGAAAAUGACUGGGGCAUUGAAUUAGUAUCAGAAAUUUCCGAAGAUGAGCUGAAGGCUGCAUCUGGCCCAGUACCUGAGCUUCCUGAGGGAAUUAGUGUAGCAUAUACUAUCCCAGACAAGGAAGAUAAUUUAAUAACUGGGGAGACAGUAGCAGAGUCUGAAGAAAGCUUAGAAGAACUCAUGGCCAAAAUGAGAAACAUGUAGAAAAACAAAUAUUAACUACAACUUUCAUGAAUUUGGAUGGACAUCGGAUUUCGAGAAGACCAGGCUUCUUGUUUUUUUUUCUUUUAUCUCUGUUGAAGCUUACCUUUAGCUUUCUGAUGAAACAGAACUGUUACAGAGGCAGGAAGGACACAGACUUACAUUGUUUAUAUUCUGUUUUCUCAUGUCUUUAUUAACAGAGGUGUGCUACUGUAAAUUUUAGUUUCUCAGCAUUGCUAGUGUCCAGAUAUUCAGUGGCAAAUAAAAGGACCUGGAUAAACUAAAAAAAGCAGGCACAGCACAUUAUAUACCCUAUCAUGUGAUGAGAAUAGCCCAGAGAUCAGGCCAAGGGAAAGAUGAAAUUUGUUGGAGUGGACUGAGUAGGUGAAGGGCAGAUGAUAAUGCCUGUCUCUCAUGUUGCUGCUCUUGAUUUUCCUGACACUUGUACUUGGUUGUCAUUCACUGCUCUAAAGUCUUGGCAUGGAUCAUGCUGUGGCUAUGAUUUUUCUGAAUAAUGAGUAAUGCAAACAUCUAAGCCUUUUCCUGUGCCUUAAAUAUCUGUGGAAUGGAAUUUUCUUUAUCAAUGUCUUACUAAUGCUUGUCCUUAAACAGCUGCCUAUGUUUUGUUUGUGGUGUUUUGAGUAUACUGUAAAGGUGAAGUCUUUUGUUAGUAUUACAGUAGCAGACUGCAUAUCAGCACGCCACUACUUUGUCUGGCAGAUGACAUGACAAAAUUAUGAGUGACAUUGUAAAAAACUGGAGAUUUUGUCUACCUUUUCAAAAGUCUCAAUAUUAUAUUUUUGUUGGUUACUGGAAGUUUAGCUAUAAUUCUGAUCACUCCCAAUCACAUAAGCUAUAUUAAGGAAUAUAAUUCUGAGUUUGCAUAGAAAAUCUUCUAAAAUUAGAUGCUAUAAAUUUUUAGUUUUGCAAAUGUCUUCAUUGGAGUAGCUCACCUAUUGUAUUUGUCUUAAAAACUACAUUAGUACAAUCAUAAAACUUUUUAAAUGGCCACGUGUUAAACCAACCUGUAAGUAUUUGCAUCCUGGAGUGUCUGUACCCUGCAGAACUGGAAGGAUCAAUUUUAAAUAUUUUAACUGCUGUGGGCAUCUUAUCCAGAACUUGGUAGUUAUUUCAGCCUUGGCAGUAUAAUACAAAUAUUUCCAAGCUGGGCUCUUCAAAAAGCUUUUCCACAAUGUGAUGCAGCCAACACAGAGCCAGAUGUAAAUGGCAGUGGUAGUAUCCCAAUAAAGUGUAGAGACAGCAAUAUCAUGAUGGUGCUUCUGUUUCUUAGGGCAGCUGAACGAUUACCUAGUUAUAGUUAGUUUAAAAAAUGUUUCAUUUCUGAGUGAGGGUUACAAACUUCAGAAUCAGUUUCCUCCACAGCUGACAUCUUAUUAUACACAUAAAAACCAUCUCUGAAACCAGUGAGGGAGAUUUUGGGUGGGUUUUGAGUGUGGGGCACGAUACUGUAAAAUCAAAGUGGCUUUUUUGGAUUGAGUUCUGUUUUAGAGAAACCAGGUUUUAGAAAUGAACUGCAAAGAAAGAUAGGAAAUAAUAAUGAGACCAUUAAAAAGGUAGAUACUUCAAUCUGUGUUAGCUUGAUCCAGCUUCAAUUUACAUGUUACUUACAUUUCUGUAAGACUUUCACCUUUCUGUUGGGAACAAUAAAAGUCAGGCACACAGCUGGCUCUGGAGAUCCUGAGGCAAAUGGCUGACCCAUUUCUACUCAGUUCAUCCUGACUCUUAACUAUGUGGCUAACAUGGCUGCUAUCACAGCUUCUCAAGAGGCAACUUCAUGUCCACUUUUAUGAAGGAAUUAAUACACUUCUCUAUGCCCUCUUAGCGAGUACACAAAAUGGUUCCUGUGUUACUUUUAGACUUUCAACUUGUAUAUACUUUCAACUUGUAUAAGAAGAACUUGAAAUAAUCAGAAAAUAAAUAAAAGAUGAUUGUAUGUGUCAAUGGUUAAAACUAUUU